AUGGGGUUUGAGGGAGACCAAGACAUACCGGCUUCACACAUUCCCGUGGUUGACCUAAGCAAUCCCGAUCAAGAGCUAGUGGCGCGUGCGGUAGUGAAGGCGAGCGAAGAGUGGGGGGUUUUUCAGGUGGUCAAUCACGGGAUCCCCACGGAGUUGAUGCAACGUUUACAAAAUCUCGGGAAGCAAUUCUUUGAACUCCCUGAUGCAGAGAAAGAAGCCGUGGCGAAACCAGAUGAUUCUCGUGAAGGAUAUGCGAGGAGAUACGAAUUUGAUCUAGAGAAAAAAACAGGCACGGUUGAUCAGCUCUUUCACAUUAUCUGGCCACCGUCGUCCGUGGACUACAAAUAUUGGCCUAAGAAUCUUGAAGAUUACAGGAAAGUGAACGAGGAGUAUGCAACGCACGUGAGGAUGUUAUCUGAGAAGAUUAUGGAGUGGUUAUCAGAGGGGUUAGGGUUACGGAGGGAAGCUAUUAAGGAAGUCACCGCCGGUGAGUAUAUGUUGAUUAUCAACUACUAUCCGCCAUGUCCAUAUCCCGAUUUGAUCGAGGGAUUGGAUGCACACACCGACGUUAGUGGGCUCACAAUCAUCCUACCCAAUGAAAUUCCCGGACUUCUAGUGUUCAAGGACGAUCAAUGGAUCGAGCUCGAGAAUAUCCCAUCCGCCAUUAUAGUCCUCAUCGCCGAUCAAAUCCUAAGGCUGAGCAAUGGAAGAUACAAGAGCGUGUUGCAUAAAACGACAGUUGCUAAGGAGAAAACAAGAAUGUCUUGGCCCGUUCUUGUGAGACCUACCAACGAUACAGUCGUCGGACCUUUCCCAGAGCUUAUCGGCCACGACAAUCCAACCAAGUUUAAGCCAAUGGCCUACAAGGACUACAUAUACCGCAAGGUCCGAAAGUUAUCGUUCGUUGAUAUCGAUUCAUCAUAA